AUGUGUACUAGUAUUUCGAAGACCCGCGAAACUUUCAUCUGCCAGGACGAUUUUGUAAAGUUAAGAAGCGAACUUAAUGUCCAGGAUUCAGACUUGGACGACUCGAUAAUGCAGUGGAAAGAAGAAGUUCAACAAUUUGCGAGAGAACAACAAAUUGGAGUUUCUUCGUUGAAAGGUGCCGCCGAAGAGUUCUUCCUUUUGCAUCAAACUGUUGAAAAUGCUCAACAUUUGGAGAAUUUUGUAAGAGACAACGAUGAUCAAACGCAGACAUUAUUGGGUGAUAGGCGUUUCGUUCAUGACGCUCAAAACAAAGUGAAACAACUUGAACGAAAUGCAACAAGAUUUCUGGAAUUGAAAAGACAGCUUUUAGAUGGACAUGUGACAGAGGAGCAGCUUCUUGAGCAAGGAAAGUCGCAGCUGGCAAAAAUCACAGUAGCAAAGCUGCAGAAGAGAUUAGAAAUGUUGUAUUUUUCAGUCACUAGAUGCACAAAAGAAAUAACUUCUCUUGCUGAUUCUAGCAAACGAAGAUCUUCCAUGAGAAAGAAAUGCGCUAAAGAGAAGUCCGAAAUAAAAUCCACCGAGAAGAGUUAA